CUUUUGUGUGAAACGUCUCGCUCUCUCGCUUCCAUGUUUGUUCGUGGUCAUUUUGCAUUUCUGUGCUAGAUUUUCCAGAUUAGCAUUUAAUUGAUGAUUUUAUUCGUGUAACUGUGUAAUUAAUGAAAUUUGUGACAUCAAGGCGACCUCGCGAGGACUUGUCGCCCAACAAAAAGCGAUAAACGGCGAUAUAAUAACAGGGAGGGCGAUGGCGACAAACAGGAGCGGUGCCGCGCGGCCGAACGGCGCGCCGCAGACCAAAGUGUGCCAGUUCAAGCUGGUGCUGCUCGGCGAGAGCGCCGUGGGCAAGUCCUCGCUGGUGCUGCGCUUCGUCAAGGGCCAGUUCCACGAGUACCAGGAGAGCACGAUCGGCGCCGCCUUCCUCACGCAGACCGUGUGCCUCGAUGACACCACCGUCAAGUUUGAGAUUUGGGACACUGCGGGGCAGGAGAGAUACCACAGCUUAGCACCCAUGUACUACCGAGGGGCUCAGGCCGCCAUCGUCGUGUACGACAUCACCAACCAGGACACAUUCGGGCGCGCGCGUAACUGGGUAAAAGAGCUGCAGCGGCAGGCAUCGCCGUCGAUAGUGAUCGCGCUCGCCGGCAACAAGAGCGACCUCGCCGCCAAGCGCAUGGUCGAGUUCGAGGAGGCGCAGGCGUACGCCGACGAGAACGGCUUGUUGUUUAUGGAGACCAGCGCCAAGACCGCCAUGAACGUCAACGACAUAUUCCUAGCGAUCGCGAACAAGUUACCAAAGAGCGAAGGCGGCGGCGGCGCGGCGGCGGGCGGCGCGCGGCGCCUCAACGACGGCGAGCAGCCGCGCGCCUCCUCCUGCUGCAAGUGAUACACGGGGCAGAUAAAUUCGCUACCCUGGUCGGGCGCGCUCGGCGCAUGAUCCGGUAGCCGCGGCGCCCACGCUAGCUAUAAUACACGUACGAGAUGUAAUUAAUAAAAGAUAUAUUUAAUUUGGUUCAUGUUUUAGGGCGGACAUAGCGCGGGGACGGCGCGGGCGGCGCGUGUACCUUAGAAAGGUGUACACAAUACCACACUAUGACCGUGUACACGUAUAUUCAGAAUGUAUUUGACUAUCUGGGGUAAAUUGGGCUAUGAUUUUGUUUAUAUCUGAAUGGUAUUGAUGUGUAAACAGAUACAAAACUGUAAGGUCAGUUGGUAUACGGCCGCUGAUUUCUUGUGAAGGGUACACACAUGUUAAUGGGCAUUUUCAUUUAACUUGUACAAGUUAAGCGCGACUUAAGUCGUGUUUCAGUAACGUCUAACCGUUACAUUCCUGACAAAAUGUAUGGGAUUUGACAUUGACCCUCAGUUUUGUAACGAUUGCUAACCGGCCGUUAAAGGUGUUCAAUUAAGUGAAAAUGCCCUAAUAACUCGUAGUUACAGAGCUAUUUAAUAUAUUAAAACAUUUACCCUAUAGGGUAAAGUCCCUGCGUGUCCGUACUUGCGCCGCCCGCGCCCGUUUUAGUCUAAUCUACAAUUAAACAGUUAAAUACUUGGUUAGAAAGCUUCACGGUUCUCAAACUUCACUUAUUAUAUUUUAACCACUGAAUUUACUUUUACACGCUUUCAUUUUAAACUCUCCGGCCGAAGGGUCGCUCCAUCGCUGUCCAAAUUGUGGUGAAGGUGCAUUUACAUUCGUUCACUCACAUCAUUCGAUCGUUCAUUGUCAUUACAGUGUCAAAGGAAACCCAUCAAUCAUUAUUAUAAAAAACCGCUUAUCUGGCACACAUUUAUAACCUAAUAAAGUAUAAUUGCAAUAAAUCAAUUUAUUAGAAUCUAUGACAAGAAAAUAUUCUAAACAUGAUUUACUUUUUUACCCGUGUGACUAUUGAUAUUUAUGAUCACACAGGAACCUCUAUUCAGUGUCCAUAUUGUCAUUUUAAAAUUACAAUAACACUAAAAAAUAUUUGAUUCAAUCGAGCUGGAUUCUCGAGAAGGAAUAUUAAAACCAUUAAUGAAUUAUUAUCAUGAAACAUAUAACCAAGGCCAAUGAAAACGAUAACUAUUGUCUAUAAUUUAUACAAAAAUAUUACACGCUUUCAUUGUUCUUGUGUUAGUAAUGAGUAACAGAGCUCUGUCAAAUGUCACGGUUUCUGUCGCUAAAUUAAAAUCCCGCUCACUCGCAUCACUCAUGCCUACUAUGAUAUAUCAGCUCACCACCGCACCGCCCUACACUUGCAUCUCCAUAAAGGUCUACAAACUGAACUUUUGAUUAUAGCUGGCCAGACUGUCAAUAAAGACAGUGCACCACAUGUCUUAAUCAUUCAGCGAAUGUUGAUUUGAAGGGACGCGUGUAAUGUCAGGAUGGCCGUGUCGGACAUGGUAAAUUAUAUUUACAACUGGUAACAUUGAUAUUAAGAUAAUGUUCCUUUAAUGUCAGUGCAAUAUACGUUUUAGAAAGAGAUAAUAGUUUAUAUUUAGCGACUUUCUUAUUACUUAUUAGUCUUAUUGCGUUUGUAUAAGAUCGUUGUUUUUAAAAAUGUUCCCAUAUUCGUUUUAACGGUAGUUUUUGUUCUGGUCAGCUAAAUCAAUAGUUAACGGGUAAUAAUCUUCUGUUUCAAGUAAAACUUGACAGUUACAAUGGAGCUAGCACAACUAGUUUCUGUCCCUCUUACUCUGUACUUUAUUUAGAGAGACAGCAACUGUGUGUGCCACUUCAGUGUUGCGUCGUGUGGGGCGUCCUCAUACACAUGUGCAUAGUUAUUUUAAAUUAGAUUUACAUCUCAGUUAGGACGUUAUUUUAUAUACCUAAUAAAAUAAUCAUUGGACAAAUUUGUUCUAUAUUAAUUGUAUUAGUAUAUUUUCUGUAUGAUUAUAUAUUUUUAAGAGAAGUGUUACUAGAGGGGGUGUUGUGGCAGUUAACUUUAAUGUAAAGGUUAUUAUUUAGCAUUCCACUCGCCGCUUGCUUCGCGAGUUUAUAUACAGGAGGGAACUUGGUGGCGCGCCAUAUGUUAAAUGCCAGGGUUUUUAAAUAUCCCAUUUUAUUGUAUCCUUUGAAGUUGUUGCAACUUUGCCCAUUCGGUUUCAUGAUUUUUCGGGAAAAUUAUUUUAAUCCUUAAAUUUUGAGAUUAUAUUUUCCGGGCAAUGAUAAAGGGUGGGCAAAGUUGAACGAUUUUGGGUAAUGUAAUUUUUCUAACAUCUUUCGGGCUUGGCAUUAUGUAAGCGACAGUACUCUUUAUUCUUGGUCGUCUGUGUGCACCGCGUCACUCGUCUAUAGUACGUGAAGGGAACGUGUGUAGAAACACCUCGAGAGUGCAAAGUCCUGAAGGCACAUUUGAACCGGCUGCUAAGCAUGCUUUUUACAAUAUUAAAUCAAUUUCAAAACAGGCAAAGUUGCUUAUACAAUACAGUAAUAGGGCAAGGAACUAUAGAUACAGAUAUUUAUCAAUGAUAUGGGGGUAAUGUGGCGUUGUCUAAGUAUACAAAAAGGUGCUUCGCGGCCGGUCCGAGAGCGCCUUAAACUUGUAUCGCUUAGAUUGUUUGUGAUAAACUUAACCGCAAAAACGCGUGAAGCUAUAUUUGUUAUUAAAAAUGUCCCGACAUGUUGUAUAGUCCCGGUAUAAUAUUAAAAUAGGGCAUCGGCGUUCUAAGCCGCCAUAUUGAAUACUUACACACUUGGUCAUAUCAAAUGAAAGCAAUCUUCGGAGCUAUUUAGAGCCCUGAGUUCAUGAUAAUAAAUUAGCAUGUGAUUUUAAACUGUAUUUAUCAAUAUGGCGCCUUAGGAUGUGCGGUGCAUAGGAUAACGAAGAUAUACUUAAUGUAAUACAUAUGGGGUUCCGAAUCAUAUGUAAACUAUAGUGCUUUGUAGUCGACACUCGCGUCCUUGCGUUUAUGGCGGAGGUCGGUUUGUUUUUUAUUACACUUAAAUAACGUGUAUAAUAAAUAUCAUUUAGUGAAAUGGUAACUUUUUCUUCAAUUGUUAAUUUGAAACAAUCAAUAUUUUUUUCUUUUUCACGUCACAUGCUCAAAAAUAUUUGAUAUUGCCUACUAUUCAGAUCUCAAAAAUGUUUUUUUUUUUCUUAUGAUGUAAGGCUGAUUAAGUAUUCAUUUUGUAAGGUAACUUUCCCUUGGAUUAAUACGUGGGCAAAGUUAAAAAUUGGCGCUUCCCUAAUUAAAAGUGUAAUGAAAACGCUAUAGUUCCCUCUGCAAUAGACGCAGCACGCGGCGCAACAACGUUGACUGGUGCCCGUCGCGAAUAUUACAUAUUGUUUAUGUAUGUCAUACGCAUCGACGUUGAAUUAUUGUUUAAAUUGUUUCCAUCGCGGCUGCACCACUGCAACGUCUUAGUAACACUGAGCUCCCACCGACAGAUUCUUGGUGUUCAUCAGCAAUAUAUUUUAUAGGUGAAAAUGUUGUAAAUGUAUUCGAAUUUAUUACCUUUCUUCGAAAUUAUGCCUCUAAUUUUCAAAACUUCAAUAUAAAGGCAUCAGUAUGUUUUCACGUUCAAAAUAGCAAUGUCGAUGAGCGUGUGAUCCUGGCUGGUGGGGCCGAGUGGUUUUGAAUUCAGUAUAACAUAGCCUAGGACCGCGACAAGAUAAUGGAAUUAACUUCGACUGUUCUCGCAACCGGCGUUAACGAAACUGUAUGGUACUUUGAAAUAUUGCAACUUUGCCCAGGGGCAAACUUAUAGAUACCGUAGAGUGGGGCUAGAAAUGUUGAGGCUAGAUAUGAUUCCAAUAUAUAGUUAGAGAAAAAGUUAUAUUCUGUAAUAUUUUUUCUUCAAACUUUAUUUUUCACAUUCUGCCUCAAAAUUUAUAUAGCUACAUAGUUACGUCACGGUAUUUUUCUUGUUUGCAUUGGACUGUAUUAAAUAAAGUAAAUGUGGAACUAGUGGGCAAAGUUGCAAGAAGUAAAUGGGGAACUAGUGGGCAAAGUUGCAUGUUUCACCGACAGCUUAUUCCGUGAAAUGUAACGUUUGCGAGCCAGCCGAUAUGUCGCAUCUAUAGAACGAAAGAUCAACUCAAAACAAAUGCCAAUUUGGUUUCUAUUGAAAGCAGUUAAGGUUGAAUUUGGAAUGCAUUUGUUAUGUGACUUGUGCUCUUUAGUUGUGAAGGCGCGAUAGUACUGGGGACGAACGGUGACAUCCAGGUCAAACUGUAUGUUUUUGUAUUGUGUAAAUAUUUUGGAUUUAUUAAGAUUAUUAUAUUGAAUAAAAAAAAUAUUGUAAAUGUA